CGCAAAUGACAGACAAAAAGUCCUUGAUUGUCAAAAACAUGUGGGUUGUAUCAGUACAAUUUUUUAUAAACUAAUAUUUGUUCUUACAUUAAAGUGUACCUAUCUUUUAUGUUUGGUACCUACACAAAAAUUUCGUGAUUUAAUUGGAAAUUUAUUUAUAACAAAACGAUGGCAGCCGCGUACGGGAUACAUCUGGGUAACAGUUCGGCAUGUUUAGCUUCUUUCAACAACGGAACGGCAUCUGUUAUAGCUAAUGAUGCUGGAGACAGAGUAACCCCCGCCGUGGUCGCGCUCAACGGCACAGAAUGGGAGAUUGGUCUCCCCGCAAAAUCCGGCCAGCCAUCGUCCAAAGCGAUCAUCAAACACAACAAGAGGCUUAUGAACUGUGAUUUCAAUGAAGACGAUUUGUCUUACGUUGAAUCAUCGUCAUCGUGCCGGAUACAAAAUGACGAGAAAUUGGUAUACGAAUUUGAAACUAGUGAGACAACUUUAUAUUCCAAUCCUGACAGCAUAGCUAUGAAGAUUUACGCUAAAUUGUUUACGAUAGCCAGUCAUUCUAUGUCUAAUGAAAGUGAUUUGAAGUUGGUGUUAGCUGCACCACUACACUGGUCCAAUGCUAGUAGAGAAAGGCUAGUAAAGUGUGCGGAACUGGCUGGCUUUGACGUCUUACAAGUCAUAAGUGAACCUGCGGCAGCUUUACUUGCUUACAAUAUUGAAGAAAAUCCUGAGGACAUCAAUGUCCUGGUUUACAGACUUGGCGGGUCUACAUGUGCUGCAUCAAUUGUAAAAGUUUCCGGAGGUUUCAUGACUAUUGAGAAAAACAUCUUCCGAUCAGAUUUAGGUGGUCAAUGCCUCACAAAAGACUUAGCUGAUUACAUCGCACAAGAGUUUAGACAGAAAUGGAAAUUAGACCCUCAAGAAAGUAGAAGGGCAAUGGCAAAAUUAUUGCUCCAUGCUGAUAACUGCAAACAUGUUCUGUCAACAUUAAACUCAGCACAUGUGUUUAUUGAAUCAUUAUUGGAUGGUGUUGACUGGAGUCAAAAUGUAUCUCGGGCGAGAUUUGAGAAUAUUAUUUCGUCAAAAAUAUCAUCUUAUAUUGAACCUGCCCAAAAAUUGGUAGAAAGCUUUGAUGGGCAAAUUCAUAAAAUUGUGGUUUGCGGGGGCAGCAUGAAAAUUCCCAAGCUCCAGCAAGCAAUAGCAAAUCUGAUACCUGAAGCAGAAGUGCUUUCAGGAAUUAAUCCAGAUGAAGUAAUAGCAGUGGGCUGUGCUCGGGAAGCAGGAUUACUGUUAGAUGUUCCAGAGUUUUCUAUGAACGAUUUGAAUACUGAAGUUGAAUUUCUCGGCAAAGAUAUUUAUUUGAAAUAUUUAGAUCAGACCGUGCAACUCUUCAAAGAAGGCUCACCAGCAUUUGCUCAAAAUAUUCAAACUGUUGACGCUGGCACUGAUAUAAAAAAUAUUAGUUUCAGCCUCCAUGAAAACCCUGAAAGUGAAGAAUUUGCCACUGAAAAUUUCAAUGUGGAGAAUUUAAACAAACCAUUUACAUUGAAGGCUACAUUACAACCAUCCAGUGUUUUGUUACAAGUUGAAUAAACAAUCAUUUUAACAUCAACAUGUACAUGGAAUGAUAUUUCUAUGAAAUUAUUAAUUAUCUAAUGUCAUUAAAAUGCCUAUUGAAACCAUUA